UGCUUUGGCAGGGAAACGAUUGAAAGUGACACGGAAUGAUUGUUCUGUUCGGAAGAACGAUAUUUUUUAGUCGUUAGAGAUACAAACUGCAUGCAUUACACGUGUCACCUCAACAUUUUUCGUCUUCUUUCAGCAUUGUGAUUUGGCCGCUCCGUCAUCGACGGACAGUUAGGCGUGUAUAUCAGAUGCUUUAUCCUUGUUCCAGUUGGUGACGCUUCGAGUAGACUACCCGGACAACACUGUGCUGUAACGGACCAGUUAAAUGUAACGAUACUGCGGAGAAAGAGCAAUCAUCUGCCAAUAAGUGUGAAUACGUGUACCUCGCGAGACAAAAAGUCCUUCUUGGCGCGCUCUCUCUUUCUCUCACUCGCUUUCUAACACCACCCUCAGAUAUUAUCAGAGACACAUGCUGUCUGUCCUCUACUAUCUCCAUUCUUUCGGACGCGCUCUCUCACCCAGGCUCUUCCUCAGCGCCUUGUUCUCAGAAGUGGCAGCAAGCGUCAGUCAGCCGAUUUGAGCCUGCCGCGGAGCAGCACGAGCCCCAGCCCUGGAUUCAAUACUUUUGAUCAAUGGACAGAGUCCUCUCAACGGCCAGUCGAGGUACAGGCACGCCGUAAACAACCCCUACCCGCUGACUGGAGCGCCCCCUCUGGUGUGGAGGGGCAUGGAGCGCGGUGGAGGAGAGAGUCCCCGCCUGCGGGACAGUCCUGAGCGGAGAGGCAGCAGCAGCCCCGACCUGAGCGGGCCGCCGCCCGUCAAGAUGGGCCGCCUGGAGCUCAACGGCAGCCCCACCGGGCCCCGCGGACGCCACAACGGCGCCUCCCAACGGCCCCUGGGAGGUCUGAUGAUCCCAGUCUUCUGCGUGGUGGAGCAGGUGGAGGGUGGUGUGGUGUGUGAGAGCGAGGGUCGUGAGGAGCAUGCUGAGUUUGUGCUGGUGAGGAAGGACAUCCUCUUCACACAGCUGGUGGAGACAGCCCUACUGGCGCUCGGAUACUCGCACAGCUCUGCUGCACAGGCACAAGGCAUCAUCAAGGUGGGUCGCUGGAACCCUUUGCCCAUCCACUACCUGACGGACGCCCCAGAGGCCACUGUGGCAGACAUGCUGCUGGACGUCUAUCACAUGGUCACCCUGCGCAUACAGCUACAGAGCUAUGCCAAGUUGGAGGACUUGCCGUCGGAGCAGUGGAACCACGCCACAGUCAGGAACGCCCUCAAGGAGCUGCUGAAGGAGAUGAACCAGAGCACGCUCGCCAAGGAGUGCCCUCUCUCACAGAGCAUGAUCUCUUCGAUCGUCAAUAGUUCAUAUUACGCCAACGUCUCCACGGCGAAGUGUCAAGAGUUUGGCCGCUGGUAUAAGAAGUACAAGAAGAUCAAAGCAGGUGAUUACCUGGAGAAGAUUUGGCCCGGCCGAGAGACCUCCGAUAUCAAGGUGGAGCGGGACAGCCUGGCUGACUUCUGUGUGCUGGGCCAGCGCCCCCCUCCUCACCUGGCCGGCCUGGCCCAGCUUGGUCCCCUGGGAGGCGGGGGAGGCAGCAUGGGGGGCAGCCUGGGGGGCUCCCUCCUGAAGGGGGGCUCCGAUAGGGACCCCCAGAACUCCUCUUCCUCGUCCUCCUCCUCCCAGCCGCCAUCCUCCCAGCAGCAGCCCCAGCAGCAGCCCUCGCCCCACGGACAGCUCCACCACAGCCCUCCGCUGCGCACACAGGUGCCCCCUCCUCCUCCCCCUCCCCCGGCGGCUCUGCAGCCCCUGCUGGGUCCGGGCGGCCUGCUCUCCCCUCAGCUCUCCCCCCAGCUGGUAAGGCAGCAGCUGGCCAUGGCCCACCUCAUCAACCAGCAGCUGGCGGUCAGCCGCCUGCUCGCACACCAGCACCCGCAGUCCUACCCACAGGCGAUCAACCAGCAGUUCCUCAACCACCCGCCCUUGCCGAGGCCCUCCAAGUCUGGCGGGCCCGGGGACCCUGGGUCGAACCCUUCCGCCUCAGAGGUGUCCGCGGACAUCUACCAGAGGGUCCGGGACGAGCUGAAGAGGGCUAGCGUGUCACAGGCCGUGUUCGCUCGCGUCGCCUUCAAUCGCACACAGGGCUUGCUGUCAGAGAUCUUGCGAAAGGAAGAGGACCCUCGCUCGGCCUCUCAGUCCCUGCUAGUCAACCUGAAGGCCAUGCAGAACUUCCUGAAUCUCCCUGAGGGGGAGCGCGACCGCAUCUACCAGGAGGAGCGCGAGCGCACCAUGAACCCCCAGGUCGGCCUGCCCCCCACCCCCAACUCAGGCGGAGGAGGUCCACGCCUCUCUCAGAAAGUGUGGGAGCGUGGAAUAGAUGAGCAGCUGACCCCUGACACCUGGGCAUCCAUCUGGAAGAACAAGAACAAGAUCUCAAACUCGCCCAAGAUCCAGGGCCCCAGAGAGGAGCUGCCUCUGAAGCUGGAGUCCCUGGUGGACAUCACGUCCGCCAUCUACGACGAGAUCCAGCAGGAGAUGAAGAGGGCCAAGGUCUCCCAGGCGCUCUUCGCCAAGGUGGCCGCCAACAAAAGCCAGGGCUGGCUGUGUGAGCUGCUGCGCUGGAAGGAGAGCCCGACGCCAGAGAACCGCACGCUGUGGGAGAACCUGUGCACCAUCCGCCGCUUCCUGGCGCUGCCGCAGAACGACCGAGACAUGGUCUACGAGGAGGAGUCACGGCACCACCACAGCGAACGCCUGCACACCGUGCUGCACCUGCCUGCUGACACACAGUUCUUCUUCCCUCGCCAGGCACUCCACAGGCAGCCCCCUCAGCCCCUGAAGGACCACACCUCCCCCAUGCAUGAGGACCGGCCGCUGCCCAGCUCCGCAGGUGGGGUGGAGGAUGGAGUAGAAGCCCAGACCGGAAGCGCUGGAGGCCCCAACUCCUCCUGUCCUGGAGGAGGUGCUGGUGGUGGAGCCAUCGUCGGUGGUGGAGGAGGCGGCGGUGUCGGCGUGGGUCCCACCAGCGUCGCCAAAAAGCCGCGCUCGCGCACCAAGAUCUCCCUGGAGGCGCUGGCCAUCCUGCAGAGCUUCAUCCAGGACGUGGGGCUGUACCCGGACCAGGAAGCCAUCCACACGCUCUCGGCCCAGCUGGACCUGCCCAAGCACACCAUCAUCAAGUUCUUCCAGAACCAGCGCUACCACGUCAAGCACCACGGCCGGCUGAAGGAGCUGGGCGCCGAGGGCACCGCAGGCGUGGACGUGGCCGAGUACCGCGACGAGGAGCUGCUGUCGGGCUCCGAGGAUGCAGAGUCCACUCACGAGGACGGCCAUGAGGAGAUCUACGGUGGCUCGGAAGGCGCAGCAGGGGCCGGAGGAGCAGCAGCAGCAGCAUCAGCAGCAGCAGCAGUUGCGGCAGCAGUAGUGGCCGCAGCAGGAGGAGGCGGUGGGUCCUCUACUGCCUCCACACCCACCCCUGGUAGUGGUGGCAACAGCAGCAGCAGUAGUGUUAGUGGCGGUGGUGGUGGUGGGCAGGAGGAAGGCAAGGACAAGGGCCACGCCAGGCCCAGCUCCCUGCCAUCCAGCGCCUCGUCCUCCAGCCCACGUGAGCAGGCCGAUUACCAGAGAUAAGACAGCCCCACACAGAGGCAACCCUGGGUAGGGCUGGGGAGAUGGGGGUGUGGUAUCAGGAAAGACGUGGAUGGGGAGGGCAGUGGGUCACAUUCUGAACUGUCCAAAGCAUGUGGCUUGCUGUGGUCUCCUCACAACACAACCCUGGACUCGCUAGGAUAAGAUUUUUUUGCCAGCAUACAUAAGGGCUGGCAGCCAUACACAUACAACAAAAAGACUAAUGAAGAUUAUUCAAAAUCACAAUGGGUUGACUGCGAACUCAGCACCAAAGGACAUGACCGUCAACGUUUGAUCAGUAGGCCUACAGUGUCCCAUUGUCAAGACACUGUAAUGCGUUUACUUUAAAAUCACCCACAAAGUAGAGAUACUGUUAAACAGAUACUGUCAUCCCAAUUCAUUUCAUGGUUCCCACACUUUUUGUAAUUCUGGAAGACACACAACUGAACUCAAUUGAAGAUAUUUACAUGACAGAAACAUGAUGCCCUGGGGAGGGUGCGGAACUGGAAAAAUGAAAAAAAAAAACCCAUACCCCUUCAUCCCCCCCUUCCCAAACCCAGAAACACCCACCAACCAUCCCCAAAUACCCCCCCCACACAC